AUGUCUACUACCGCCUGGCCUGAAAGACUCCCAAAGUCGGCCAAGGAAAAUGGCUGGCGUGCCCGCAGCGCCUUCAAGCUGCUACAACUCGAUGAGGAAUUCCACCUCUUCCAAGGUGUGACACGGGCAGUUGACCUGUGUGCAGCCCCAGGCAGCUGGAGCCAGGUGCUGAGCCAGAAGAUUGGGGGUCAGGGGUCCGGCCAUGUGGUGGCUGUGGACCUGCAGGCUAUGGCUCCACUACCAGGUGUGUUACAGAUCCAGGGGGAUAUCACCCAGCUGUCCACUGCCAAAGAGAUCAUCCAGCACUUUGAGGGCUGCCCCGCGGACCUAGUGGUGUGCGACGGGGCUCCCGAUGUAACUGGCCUCCAUGAUGUGGAUGAGUAUAUGCAGGCCCAGCUCCUCCUAGCCGCUCUGAACAUUACCACACAUGUCUUGAAGCCAGGGGGCUGCUUUGUGGCCAAGAUCUUUCGAGGCCGGGAUGUGACGCUGCUCUACAGCCAGCUGCGGGUCUUCUUCUCCAGUGUGCUCUGUGCCAAGCCCAGGAGCAGCCGGAAUUCCAGCAUUGAGGCCUUCGCUGUCUGUCAGGGUUAUGACCCCCCUGAGGGCUUCAUGCCAGACCUGAUGAAACCUCUGCUGGACCACUCUUACGAUUUCAACCAACUGGAUGGUCCCACCCGCAUCAUUGUGCCUUUUGUGACCUGUGGGGACCUGAGCUCCUAUGAUUCAGACCGCAGUUACCCACUGGAUCUAGAGGACGGCUCAGAGUAUAAGUACACUCCGCCCACGCAGCCCCCCAUCUCGCCGCCGUACCAGGAAGCCUGCAAGUUGAAGAAGAAAGGGCGGCUGGCCAAGGAGAUCCGCCCCCAGGGCUGCCCCAUCAGCAGAGUGGACACGUUGCCACAGCCUCUGGCCGCCCCUCAGCACCACACCCUGCUGGCCCCUGAGAUGGAGGUCAGUGAAAUGAAUUGUUCACCUUAACACAUUAAAGGAGGCAGCUGGCCAG